GGGCUGAAUCAAAUCCAUGGGGUGCGCCGGGCUGGAGGCGUGAAAUUCCAGCCCUUCCCUUGGCUGCGGCGGCUGCAGGCAGCGGGGUUUGCAGGGCGGGGAGCCGGCAGGGCUGAGCCCCGGGCACGAUGGGAGAGCCCCGGGGCUGAGGGGCAGCCCUGGGGGAGCCUGAGCCCCGCUCUUCCCCUGCCCGGCACCGGAGACUUGGAACAGCCCGCACCGGUGUGUGCGGCUGGGAAGGUGUGUGAGGCUGAGGAAGGUGUGUGAGCCUGGGGAAGGUGUGUGAGGCUGGGGAAGGUGUGUGAGGCUGAGGAAGGUGUGUGAUCCUGGGGAAGGUGUGUGAGCCUGGGAAGGUGUGUGAGGCUGAGGAAGGUGUGUGAGGCUGAGGAAGGUGUGUGAGGCUGAGGAAGGUGUGUGAUCCUAGGGAAGGUGUGUGAGGCUGAGGAAGGUGUGUGAUCCUAGGGAAGGUGUGUGAUCCUGGGGAAGGUGUGUGCUGGGUGCUGCCCCUGGGACGGAUGCGGUGGCACCGUGCGCGUCCCCUCCCCAGCUCUGCCUACAAAAGGAUCGCGGCUCCCCCGGCCCCGCGCACCCCACCCGGCCUCGCCCCUGCUCCCAUGCCCGGACAGACGGCAUGAAGAAAUCCUCGUAUUCAGGAAUCACCCGGACCUCCAGCGGGAGACUUCGGAGGCUCAGUGACCAGACAAGUCCGACUCUGAAAAGAUCCUUUGAGGUCGAGGAGGUAGAUCAGUCUUCAAAUUCCUCCACCCCACAAAGACGGGCCCCGAACACCCUCCUCAGGUCCACCGUGUCCAGCUCCACGCAGAAGUUUCAGGAACUCGGCGCCCGGAAUUCGGAGCCGUCCGCCCGCCAUGCGGAGCCCACAGUCCAAAGGUCCCCCAAGCCCCCUCUGAGGAGAGUGGAGCUCUCUGGACCCAAACUGCCCGAGCCGGUGUCCAGAAGAACAGAAAUCUCCAUUGACAUCUCAUCCAAGCAGGUGGAGAACUCCAGCUCGGGCUUGUCGCGGUUCGGCCUCAAGCGAGCAGAUGUGGGGCACAAACCCCCCGAGCCCGCGGCCAGGAGGACUGAGAUCACGCUGGGCAAGCCCCAGGAGCCGGGGCUGCGGCGGGCGGAGGCGCCGGCCUCCAAGAUCCCCGAGCUGCCGCAGCGCAGAGCCGAGCCCGCCAACGCCGCCGCGCCCGACGCCGCGCCCCGGCGCCUGGACAUCCAGGUGGCCAAAGCUGCGGAGGCCACGCGGCCAGUGGAGAGCUCCGAGCCCGCCCAGCCCCAGCAGGCAGAGCCCAAAGCGCAGCCCCUGCCCGUGGAGAGCCCGCCCAAGAGGGAAGAAGGUCCAGAGGCCGUUCCCAGCCACGCUCCCGGCAUGACGGACGCUCCGCGGGAUGCCGGCCCCAAGCAGGCGGCGCCGGCACGGCCGGACAAGCCGGCCGCGGACUUCGGCUACGUGGGCAUCGACGCCAUCCUGGAGCAGCUGAGGAGGAAAGCCAUGAAGCAGGGCUUCGAGUUCAACAUCAUGGUCGUGGGUCAGAGCGGCUUGGGGAAAUCCACGUUAAUCAACACGCUCUUCAAAUCCAAGAUCAGCCGGAAAUCUGUACAGCCAACUGCUGAGGAGAGGAUCCCCAAGACCAUUGAAAUCAAAUCCAUCACUCAUGAGAUUGAGGAGAAGGGGGUUCGCAUGAAGCUGACAGUCAUCGACACGCCGGGCUUUGGGGACCACAUCAACAACGAGAACUGCUGGCAGCCCAUCAUGAAGUUCAUCAAUGACCAGUACGAGAAGUACCUGCAGGAGGAGAUCAACAUUAACCGGAAGAAGCGGAUCCCUGACACGCGGGUGCACUGCUGUAUUUAUUUCAUCCCAGCCACAGGCCACUCGCUCCGGCCGUUGGACAUCGAGUUCAUGAAGCGCCUGAGCAAAGUGGUCAACAUCGUCCCGGUGAUCGCCAAAGCCGACACGCUAACGCUGGAGGAGAGGGACUACUUCAAACAACGGAUAAUGGCUGAUCUCCUGGCCAACGGGAUCGAUGUGUAUCCCCAGAAGGAGUUUGACGAGGACUCUGAAGAUCGGCUGGUGAACGAGAAAUUCCGGGAAAUGAUCCCAUUUGCAGUGGUGGGCAGUGACCAGGAGUACCAGGUGAAUGGAAGAAGAAUCCUGGGCAGGAAGACCAAGUGGGGCACCAUUGAAGUGGAGAACACGACACACUGUGAGUUCGCCUACCUGCGGGACCUCCUCAUCAGGACACACAUGCAGAACAUCAAGGAUAUUACCAGCAACAUCCACUUCGAAGCCUACAGGGUGAAGAGGCUGAACGAGGGCCAGAGCUCUCUGUCCAACGGCGUGGCCGACAAAGAGCUGGUGGCCAAUGAAAUGUAACCGUCCCGCGCCGCAGCCAGGACCUCGCUCGCUCACGCUCGCUAUUUCUCCCCUCUUCCCCCUUUAUUUUUAUAUAAAUCCUCUGCCACUGUCCCUCUUGCCCUGGUCCCUGACCCCCUGCCGUGUUAACUGACCAAAUAACCAGACGUGGAGCGGGGUGGCCGCUCUCCCCCUGCUUUGUGCCAUGAGUUUUGUGCUCAGCCCCCAGAGCAGCGUCCCUGGGCCGGGGACUGUCCCUCUGUGGAGGCUGGGCUCUGGCUUGCCCCCAGCUCUGGCCCCACAGCUGAAGCCAGGGGAGCAGAUCUGUGGGGCCAGCAGGGUUGGGGUGCUCUGGGAGCCCUUCCAGCCCCUCCAUGCAGGGGCUCUUCUCCGUCCAUUGAAUUGAGGGUUCCUCCAGGUGAAUGUAGCCUUCUGAAGCAAGGUACGGUGGGAUGAAGAGAGCAAGGCAGUGCCAUCCUUGUCUCCUGCCGCCUCCUCCGAGCCCUCUGCAGCCCUCUGGGACCUGCCAGCCCCCAACCCAGCCCCUGUACCCUGUCUACAUGCAAUAAACUGGGAGUGUUUAGGUGUCACCUCACCUGUCACCGACCCCCGGCCAGGCAGAGCGACCUGCUUUGGGAGAAGUGCCUUUUCAGACUGUGACCUUGCAAUAGCAUGGGAGAGGGGAGGGAGGGUCUGCCUUGUCUGUCUUUGCAGCCUGUAAAAAGGCUGUGAACCUCCACAGAGACUCUGGUUCCCUCUCCCUUGGGCCAGAGCUGUGGCUGAUGUCCUGGGAACACUUGUGUAUUUAUUUGUCAUUCAGUUGGGUGGUGGCGUUCAGUUGUCCGCUGAAGGCUCGGAGUGCUGCAAGGGCUGAGCGUGGAACUUCAUCUCUGCAAAGCAGUGGUGGGAGGCAGAGGGUUGUCCUGUCUGACCCUUGUGAUUCUUGGGCUUUUCCCUGCAUCAGAGGGGGCUCUUGGGUAUCUGUUAAUUCCUUUUCAUUUCCUGGGUCCCCUGUGUGCUGUGUGUCCAGGGGAGAUGCUCCUGUUCUGCUGGUCCUUGUGCAGGGCUCUGUGCAUGAGCUGACCGAGCCCUGCAGCUGUGGGGGGUGUCUGUGGGUGCUGCUCCCCCUGCUCUGCCCCCAGAGCCUCCUCUUUCCGUGUGUCUCCAGUAAAUCAGACCCUGCAAGCAUUAGGUAGCACUGUGACACAGGAGCAGGAGAUCCUGGAGCAGAGCUCUGCAGUCCUGCCCCUCUCCCCAGCUCCCUUUGCCUUUCUGGUGUCCACCAGCCUCCCAAUCCUCUCUAAGGGAAAAAACUUCCUGCAAAUCACCCAUUUUUGGGGGCACUCACUGAAGUGGCAGCGUGUCUCAUCCUCUAGCACUGGAAGGCACCUGCAGAGCCCUGGGGGACAGAGCCUGGCUCAGCACAGGUGACCAGCAGGAGGGAGGAUUUGCUCUCCCCUUGCUGGGGAUGCCCAGGUGUUCAGGGGCUCCCCACACAUCCCCCCCAGCAGCCAAAGGGGUGUGGACAGGGGGGUGCAUUGUGAGAAUCCCUUCUCCCCUUUAUUCAUAUUCCCCCUCCACAGCAGCCCCACGGAGCUGUUGGGGAACAGCAGCUCUCUACUUGCUGACUUGCUAUAUUUUAGCAAAAACAACAACAAAAUUGUGUUAACUAAGAAAAAAAAUAUAUAUUUCAAGUGUUAAAAAAAGACUAAAAGGGGAGAAAAAAAUCUUGUGUGAGGCACUUCUGCAAAUGCCAUCUUAAACUUUUUUUUUUCCCUCUAGUUGGUAUCUCAAGCUGAGCCAAGCAAGACACGCCGCUUUCUCCUUUGUAACCUGACUUUUUUUUUUUUGGAAGGAAAAAAAAAAAAAGAAAAUAAUACAAUAAAAAGACCCUUCAUCCAGAUCUAUUAAAAUGGCCUUUUGGGGGUUAUAAGCAUUAUGAAAAUUUAGUCCAUUUUUGUAUAAAUAAUAGUGUUUAAUAUGUAUUUCCCAAAAUAAAUGUUUCGAAUGCAAA